CUUUGUCUUAACUUAAACUAUCCUGAAACAUUUCAUUAGUAACGUUAAGCGACUGUUGGUUAGAAAAAAGUAACCAUGACAAGUCAUUUCGUUUAUUACGACGUGUUGAGGCCUGUGACUGGUUAACAUCACCGACUCUCCGGUGGUGCUGAGAGCUGUAGGACUGAAGGACACGCGAUGAGAGCAGUUAUAUCAUUUAUCUAAACGUGUCUUCUCCACACAGUCCUUUAAUUAGUCGUCUACAGUGUCUGGGUGUGCAGCGUCGUGCUACUUUUGAUUUCUUCCAGACAGACGUUUCUGACGGACAUGAACGCGCUUUUUGACCGCUUUCACAACUUUAUCUUACCGUUAGUGCGAGGGGAGGACGGCGUGUGCGCGUGCACCUGCGGGAGGCAUCACGUAUAUCAUGUCAUUUCAUAUAAUGGGGCCCAGUCCAUGGACUCCAGAGAAAACUCCGUUUUAAGUGACAACAUGACGUGGCAGGAGAUGAACGUGAUAGUCGGACUGCUCUUGGGCCUCUGCAUCAGCUUGUUCUUGCAGUGGCUGGAAAGGAUUUGGCACUCACGGCUCAAAUAUGAGAGAGAAAACCAAAUGAAUGGUGUGGGUUUCUGGUCAUGGAUGCCCAAAUUCAGUAACACAAAGGAGUUGGUUACACACGGAGGACUCCAGGGGGAACAUGCUGCACAUCAAUUAAGAUGUGUACCAUAA